AUCGUCUCGGACAAAGAUGCAGCCAACGGUGCUGCCCGAGCUCUCCCGAUAAGUCGAGAAUUACCUGAGGAAAAAACAGGACAAGCAGCGGUCCACAGGUGGUUCUUGCGCGCACCGUGUUUCCACUGCGCACCGCCACGAUGCUGUUACCGUCCGGCACCCUGUUCCUGCUGGCGGCUGUCUGCUCAAGUUUGGACCUGACAAAGGCUGAGGGUUGCGGGGCAUCUUGUGGAAAAUGUGACUGCAGUGGCGUUAAAGGAGCAAAGGGUGAAGUUGGAUUUCCUGGUCUUCAGGGUAACAUGGGAUUCCCAGGGAUGCAGGGACCUGAGGGCCCCCCUGGACCAAUGGGUUUCAAGGGAGAUUCAGGUGAGCCCGGGGCACCUGGACUGAAGGGAGUGCGAGGACCUCCUGGUCUGCCCGGUUUCCCAGGAAAUCCAGGAUUACCAGGGAUCAACGGAAAUGAUGGUCCACCAGGUGCACCAGGUAUCCCAGGAUGCAAUGGGACUAAAGGAGAAAGAGGCAGGGAUGGUGCUCCUGGUUUUCCUGGGCUUCAAGGUCCUCCUGGCAUUCCAGGAAUUCCUGGAAUGAAGGGUGACCCUGGUGGUGUGAUAGGAAUCGUUCCCCUAAAAGGAGACAGAGGAUUUCCUGGCACACCUGGAUUACCUGGACCAGCUGGACCCCCUGGACCUUCCGGACCUCCUGGACCUCGUGGUUACCAAGGACCCAAAGGUGAUCCUGGCCCCCCUGGCCCUCAAGGAGAGAAGGGUGACAGAUUGGCCUUUGUGAGUGAGAAAGGUGAUAAGGGUGAUCAAGGACUUCGUGGUCCACCUGGUCCCCCUGGGCCAUUUCCUGGACUAGAGCGUCCAGUAACCACAUAUUAUGUGCCUGGACCACCGGGGAGCAGGGGACCUACAGGAGAGAAAGGAGAUAAAGGCUUUUGUAUUCCAUAUCAAGAUGGUGUCAAAGGUGAAGCAGGCCCACCUGGACCAAGAGGCAAACCUGGAAAAGAUGGAGAAGAUGGGCUAAAGGGAGAAAAAGGCUUUCCUGGAGGUCCUGGAUACGCUGGUUCUAAGGGUGAAAAAGGAGAGAAAGGACCACCAGGAUAUGGUAGUGGUGCUCCUGGUCCCCCUGGUCCUCCUGGUCUCACAGGAUUAGUAGGAGAAAAAGGUUUUCCUGGUCCCCAGGGAGAGGCAGGUCCACCAGGGCGACAUGUUGAAGGGCCUCGUGGAGAGAAGGGACUAAAGGGAGAUACUGGUGCAAAAGGAGACAGGGGGGUUGAAGGAGAGUCUCUUGCUGGACCGCCAGGACAACCUGGACUCAGUGGACCACCUGGACCACCGGGACCUCCCAUCGACCCCAAUGAAUGUAACAUUCAGAAAGGAAAUCCUGGCCCACCUGGACCUCCGGGGUUACAGGGAGAAGUGGGACAGAAAGGUGACAAAGGAGAUACCUGUCUUCUGUGUGAAAGUUCUGGUCCCCCUGGUUUACCAGGCCCCUCUGGUCCUAAAGGAGAGCGAGGACCUCCUGGCUAUGUAGGCGGAAAAGGUGAAAAGGGUCAGGCUGGACUUCCUGGAAAUCCUGGGAGACCUGGUACUCAAGGUACUCCUGGUUUAAUGGGAGCCCCUGGAGCUGUUGGUGAACCAGGUGACAUUUAUGUAGCUCCUGGUCUAAAGGGAGACAAAGGCCAGUCAGGUCUUCCUGGUUCUCCAGGGAGGCCAGGGUUUGAUGGACUUCCAGGAAAAGAUGGCCUUCCAGGUACUCCUGGCCCCAAAGGCGAACCUGCUAAAGAAGGCAUCAAGGGUGAGCGUGGACCAGAUGGAGACCCUGGUCUUGUCGGGACUCCAGGAGAAAGGGGUCCCCCUGGAAUUCCAGGAUUUGGUCGACCAGGAGAGCCUGGAGAAAAGGGGAGUCAGGGAAGACCAGGCAUUCCUGGAGCUCCUGGGCCACCUGGUGCAAAAGGUGAGCCAGGUAAGAAUGUAUCCACUCCUGGUCCUCAGGGUGCACCUGGACCACGAGGAGAGCCUGGAUUACCUGGACUUCAAGGUGCCACAGGCCCAGCAGGAGAUCAAGGGCUACCAGGUUUUCCUGGUCAGAAAGGAGACCCGGGAUCCCCUGGGGUUGGAUUUCCAGGUCCAACUGGUCCUAAAGGAAUCAGUGGAAUUCCAGGAGCUCCAGGAUUGCCAGGAGAGGCAGGGAAACCAGGACAGGAUGGUUUGACAGGAAAUCCUGGUCCACCUGGGCAAAAAGGUGAACCAGGACGUGGUCUGCCAGGUCCAAAAGGUUCACAGGGCUUUCAAGGAGUUACUGGUUUUCCAGGAGAGAAAGGUAACAUUGGACUUACUGGUGUUCCUGGACAAGAAGGCAGCACAGGACUACCAGGACCUCAGGGAAUCAAAGGUGAUGUGGGACCCCCUGGACCUCCUGGACAUGUAGGCUUACCAGGUAGUCCUGGAAAAGGUUCACCUGGAGCUCCUGGACCACAAGGACCACCAGGAGAGCCAGGUCCAUAUGGCAAGAGUGGUGAAAAGGGAGAAAAGGGUUUCCCAGGUCUCCCUGGUCUAGACAUGCCAGGACUUCAGGGAGAGAAAGGAACACCUGGAUUUCCAGGAUUGCCAGGUACUAAAGGACUGCCAGGACCUCCAGGCUUACCAGGAAGAGAUGGGUCAAUUGGUAACCAAGGUUCAAAAGGUGAGAUGGGUGUCAUGGGGACACCAGGGGUACCAGGGUUUCCUGGAUCCCCUGGUGGACGUGGAACUCCUGGUCUGAGAGGUGAUCCCGGUUUGACUGGACCAAGAGGAGAAAUAGGAGAGACUGGGCCUAAAGGACAAAGGGGAGAGCCAGGUCUUCAGGGACCUCCUGGGAACAUGAGUGAAGUGGACAUGGAACACAUGAAGGGAGAGAAAGGAGACCGUGGAGAGGCUGGUAACCCGGGAGUCACUGGACAGAAGGGUUACCGUGGAAUGCCAGGAGACCCUGGACUGCCAGGAAAAGAUGGAGAGCCCGGUUUACCUGGACAACCAGGUGAGAAAGGAGACCCAGGAGUUCCUGGACAGCCUGGCUAUAUGGGACCACCUGGACAAAAGGGCAGUGUUGGAGAGAUGGGAUUACCAGGUCCAUCUGGUCCACAAGGUUCUAAAGGUGAUGUGGGUACACCAGGACAUCAGGGAUUUAGAGGCACAGAUGGAGAAAAAGGAGAAAAGGGAGCUCCUGGUGAUCCAGGUAUUGGGCUCCCAGGAUUUCCAGGACAAAAGGGUCAGAUAGGCCAACCAGGAUUCCCAGGAUCACCUGGAGAAAAGGGUCAGAAAGGGCAAAUGGGUAUGCCUGGCCAGCCAGGUGUGCAAGGAACCAAGGGAGAAAAAGGAGACAUUGGCUAUCCAGGUCAGUCAGGUAGGCCAGGUGAGAAGGGUACCCCAGGACUGCCUGGAUCUGUAGGUGAACCCGGUCGUGAUGGUCGACCUGGUGAAGGUGGCCUGCAGGGUCCACCAGGUUCUCCUGGAGAGAAAGGAGAAGCUGGAGUGGACGGGAUCCCUGGAUCCUCAGGAGAAAGAGGAGAUCCAGGUUUGCCUGGUCUAGGUUUCCCUGGACCACCUGGUGUGAUUGGCAGCAAAGGAGACAAAGGAAGUCCUGGAUUCCCUGGCACUCCAGGAGCUUCAGGUAUGCCUGGUAUCAAAGGUGAGAAGGGAUUUCCAGGCCCAGUCGGUCCCCAUGGUCAACCAGGAGAAAGGGGGUAUCCAGGAGUCUCUCUUGAGGGCCCUAAGGGAGAGCGGGGAGACCCUGGAAAACCUGGAGAACCAGGAUCACCAGGAGUACCAGGACUUGCUGGUGUUCCAGGAAGAGAUGGACAAAAGGGAGAUAAAGGAGACCAGGGUCGCCCAGGUUUUCAGGGAGAGGCAGGGCAGAAGGGAGACCCUGGAGUAUCUGGCCUUCGAGGACAACCUGGACUCCCAGGUAUCGAUGGACAGAAAGGAGAGACCGGAAUACAGGGUGUCCCCGGCUUCAGAGGUGAAAAGGGUGUUGUUGGAGACUUUGGAUACAAAGGAGAAGUUGGAGACAGAGGAUUCCCAGGAGAUAAGGGUAAUCAAGGCCCCCCUGGUCCCCCUGGACCCUUCACCUUGAUCAAAGGAGAAAUUGGUGCACCUGGACCACAAGGCUUUCCUGGACCACAAGGUCCAUAUGGGUUCCCUGGAGCUAAAGGACUGCAGGGUGUGACUGGUCUGUCUGGGCCAAAAGGUGAAGAUGGCCUCCCUGGCUACAACGGUCAGCCUGGAGCCAAAGGAGAGCCUGGCCUUCCUGGACCACAAGGACCUAGAGGACACCCUGGACCACCAGGACCUGAUGGUGUUCCAGGUCAGGUGGGUCCACCAGGCCCCUCUUCAAUGGAUCAUGGUUUCCUGGUCACUCGACACAGUCAAUCAGUGGAUCUUCCAUAUUGUCCUGAGGGAACAUCACCCAUAUACGAUGGCUAUUCUUUGCUCUAUGUACAAGGCAAUGAACGCUCUCAUGGACAAGACUUAGGUACGGCGGGUAGCUGUCUACGAAAGUUCAGCCCUAUGCCGUUCCUGUUCUGUAACAUCAACAACGUCUGCAACUUUGCCUCUCGUAAUGACUACUCCUACUGGCUCACCUCCCCUGAGCCCAUGCCCAUGAGCAUGGCACCAAUCACUGGUGAAAGCAUCAAACCUUUCAUCAGCAGAUGUGUCGUGUGUGAAGCUCCGGCCAUGGUGAUAGCAGUUCACAGUCAGACAAUCAUGAUUCCACCGUGCCCUCAUGGCUGGGACUCACUGUGGAUCGGUUACUCCUUUGUAAUGCACACCAGUGCUGGUGCUGAGGGCUCAGGCCAGGCUCUGGCCUCUCCUGGCUCUUGUCUGGAGGAGUUCCGUAGCGCUCCGUUCAUUGAGUGUCACGGCCGUGGAACCUGCAAUUACUAUGCUAACUCCUACAGUUUCUGGCUUGCAACCAUCGAAGACCACGAGAUGUUUACGAAACCGGUCCCAACAACGCUAAAGGCCGGAAAUCUCCGUACACACAUAAGCCGCUGUCAAGUGUGCAUGAAGAGGACAUAAACCUCAACAUCCGAGUCCUCGUUCUGAAGCCGCAAAGCAACUCCGUGUCCGCUGAAAUCCUCAACUUGUCUUUACUUCCUGUUUCCAAAGGAUGGUGCUAUUUCCCUGCAUGCGUGAGAGGAGAGGGACAGAAACAUGGGUUGCAGAAGAGCCGGAGAUUGAACUUUACAAACCAGAACAUAGAGACCAAGUGGCCUUUUGCAGAACACAUAACUAACACGAUCACAACGUGUCUCUAAAGAAUGACGCCCAGUUUACCACUGCACUGAAUACACACCCCCUAAACCGGUAAACUGGUGUUCAUUUUCAAAGGGUUGUUUGUGUAAGUCAGGUGCUAUUGAAUCUUACCUAAUUGCCUUAUACCAUGAGUUAUUUGCCUUCCUUACCAGUGCCACGACAUUCAGAGAUAUAGCUACUUAUCAUUAUAGAUUUUCACACUUUUUAACUUGUUUAUGGAUGGGACUUACCACUGGUUACAGAUGCUUGUCAUUUGCUAAAUCACCAUAUGUUGAUGCCACAGUUAUAUAAAAAUCACUCUGUUGUAAAUAUAAUGCAUUCCUUUCCAACAUAGUUCAACAUACUCUCCUCAGGUUAUUAUUGAAUUACUUUGUGUGUUAUUAAGUCCUCUUUAUUUAUAAGAUUUCUGAGAAUAUUUUAGACUUGAGUGUAUCUGGGAUUUCAUAGAUCCAUCUACAGUGUUUCAACUUCUGACAGACAGACCCUUAUUAACAUAGAAAGCAGCACUGAGAUGUUAUUGGCAGGUGUGUGUGUGUCCUUAUGUUUAUGUAGGUGUGUAUUCAAAGCUAUGUGUGAGUGUAUGUAGUAGAUGGAUGCAUUUGAGUUAUUUGUAAUACCUGCACAUGUGUUGUCGCCCAUGUUUAAAUAAUCCCGACAAAAUGCACAAAAGCCAAUAGUUAAAAAUCACCAUUUCUUUACUUUUGCUCUGUUCAAACGUGUGUAACAACUGUGUUUUACUCACUUUAUGUGAACCAAAUGUUUCUGAUGGUUGAUCCCAAAGAAAUGCACAUGUAUAUACCUACAUAUAACAUGUACUUGCUAUCCUGCUCAUGUACUAGAUUGUUUAAAUUUGUGAUUUUUUUUUUUUUUUUUUUGUCCCAGUUCAUUUACUGACUAGUUUUUCCUUGAUUAUGAGUGAAGGGUCAAACACACAGAUGAGUAUUUAUGGGUGUCGCUGCAGGCUGAGAUACUGUAAAGGUUGUAACACAUGCAAAAGUCAGUAUUCGGUGUCAGUUUUAGUCACCUGGUUGUGGGAGGAAUGCUUCACUCACCUCAAAUGUACAGUCUGUGUCCCAUUCAGAGCUAUUGAAGGAUGUAACUGAAGCUUUGUUAGCGAGCUGUGGAUGGUUUUGACAAAAGGCACAUGAAGUCCAUUAAGUAGUAGCAGCAUCUGAUGUGAAUCAAACAAUGGGAAUCAUCUAGCGAUUUCAAUCUAACUGAUUAACAGACACACCAUAAUUCUUCAUUCAUUGACAUUUUAUAUUUUCCAAAUUCCGUACUUUGUAAUUUCUGCAAUAAAAUGAUUUGUAGAAUACUCUUA